ACAUCCCCUCAAAAAAAAAAAAAAAAGACCACCCACACCCAAAUACUCCAAGAGCCGGACGGCGGCGGCGGCGGCGGAGACCUUCAGAUGGAUGCCACAGCCCUUCAUUAUGAAAAUCAGAAGUUGGUGCAGCAAUUGGAAGCACAGAAGUCUGAAAUGCAUUUGUUGGAAGCUAAGUUCAAGGAGUUGAGGAAUGAACAAUCUUCUUAUGACAAUACUCUGAUUUCCCUGGAUAAGAUGUGGAAUCAGCUUGUUGAUGAUUUAAUCCUGCUUGGAGUUCGAUUUGGUGGCGGCUUGAACAAUUUGCCUGCACUUGACCAUGAAGAGUUGUCAGAAGAAUCUAUCGAGUCGUGUCCUUCUGAGGAAAUUUUUCUCUUCAUGCUCUUGAAGUCCAACAAUUAUGGAAAAAAGGACGACAAUAGCUUGUUGGAAUUCGCUGAAGAAGCUCUUGCUUUGCGCCGUUCGGCAACUCUUGCUCUCAUGAGGUCCCUUCAAGAGGCUAUUGCUGCACAACAGGCUAGAAGUGAAUAUUUGUCAUUAGCUUUAAAUGGAGAGAAGUCAAAUGAAGAUGUUGUUGUUGCCCUUCAAAACCAUAAUGAUCACUUGAAAGAGGUGGUUGGCAAUGUCCGUGAAGCUAUUUCUAUCGUCAAAGAGAAGCAUAAAAGGUAUCUGGAUGAGAUUGAGGCUUUCAAAAGCAGCUACUCAAAAGAAUUGCAUGAAAUCAAGCAUCUUUCAGGAGAGCUAGAGGAAACCAUGGCGGAGCUUGAGGAAAGUCGACGGAAGUUGGUUAUUCUCCAGUUGCAGAGGCAUGGAGGUUCACUAAUGAACAUGUCUGGUCCAAACGCUGUGAAUGGUGCUGUUUCGGCUGAUAAAUCUUCAGACAGAAACAUGGGCUGGGGAGAUCUCAAAGAUGCUGUUGAAGAAGCUAAGACCCUUGCAGGAGACCGCCUGUUUGAACUCCAUGAGACUCAAGAGGAUAAUCUAAUACUGUCUAAGCAGUUAGAAGAUCUGCAGGGUCAAUUAAAAGACGAUAACUAUAUUUUCACAUCAAAACCAUAUACAAUUCUUAGCGAUCAGUUACAUCAUCUGAAUGCUGAGAUAGAACGAUACAAGGGUUUGGUUGAAGUAUUGCAGAAUGAUAAGAACCAGUUCUUGCAAAGGGAGAAAGAAAUGUGUGCAAAAGGAGAAUCCGUCGACAAUAUUAAACAAUCCAUUACUGCUUAUGAGGCCAAAAUCGAAGAACUGGAACAUCAGAUUCUAAAAUCCAUGGCUGAGAAGAAUGAUCUUGAGAUCAAAGUUGAGGAAUCAUUGCAGGAUUCAGGUAAAAAAGACUUCAAGGAUGAGAUUCAUGUCAUGGCUGCAGCACUCUCCAAAGAGAUGGAAAUGAUGGAGAACCAAUUGAAUAGAUCAAAGGAUGCGGCUUCUGAAGCACUUGCAUUACGUGAAGAAGCUGAAUCGUUGAGAACUUUGUUAGCUAAGAAGAUCAGUGAACAGAAGGAAAUAUCUGAUAGAUACAACACACAAGUCUCUGAGAUCAAGUCCCUCAAAGAAUUGAUUGAGACGUUGGAAAAGGAAAAUCAGGAGUUGGAAUUUAUUGUGGAUAUGUAUGGGAAAGAAUGUUCUGAGUCGAGGACAAUUACAGAGAUCAAGGAAUCAGAAAAUCGAGCUCGCAAGCAGGCUGAAUAUUUGAGAACUAGUCUAGAAGAGCAUAGUCUUGAGCUUCGUGUAAAAGCAGCAAAUGAAGCCGAAACUGCAUGCCAGCGAAGGCUUUGCAUUGCUGAAGCAGAACUGGAAGAGUUAAGGACCGAUGUAGAUGCAUCUGAAAGAGAUGUUCUGGAACUCAAGGAGGCAAUAAGAAUUAAAGAAGCAGAAGGAGAUGCUUAUAUCUCUGAAAUUGAGACAAUUGGUCAAGCAUAUGAAGACAUGCAGACACAAAACCAGCAUCUUCUUCAACAGGUUGCCGACAGAGAUGAUUUUAACAUAAAGCUAGUAUCAGAUAGUGUGAAGACAAAGCAAGCCUCUGCUUCCCUUCUCUCUGAAAAGCAUUUGUUACAGAAGCAACUCCAUCAGGUGAACAGUUCACUGGAGUCAUCUAAACAAAAACUCUGCCGUGGUGAAGAGCAGAUGAAAGCCUAUGUCGCACAAGCUAUAAAAGCUUCUUCAGAGAACAGGCAUCAUGCAAUUACCAUUGAAAAGACUCUGCUGGAGGUAUCUGAAGCAGAGAAGGAGCUCAAGUGGCUUCGGUCCGCCGUUGGAUCCUCUGAGAAAGAAUAUGAGCAAAACCAGAAAAAAAUAGCUGAGCUCAGAACGGAGCUGGAGCGUGAGAGAAGCGAGAAGAGAAAGCUCGAGGAAGAAUACGAGGAGGUGAAGAAUGAAGUCACGGAGCUGACCUCCGAGAACGAAGAGGCUACUAUCCAGAAGCUCCAGGACGAGAUAAAAGAAUGCAAGGCUAUUCUCAAGUGUGGCGUGUGCUUUGACCGACCCAAAGAGGUUGUGAUCACCAAAUGCUUCCACCUGUUCUGCUCAACAUGCAUCCAGAGGAACCUCGAGCUACGCCACCGGAAGUGCCCGGGCUGCGGCACCCCUUUCGGGCAAAAUGACGUGCGAGAGGUGAAAAUCUGAAGCCUCAGCGAUGCUGCCUUGGAUGACCUGGUAGUAGGUCGUUUGGUGCCUCUGGACACCACCAUCAACCUGCUGCCCGUGCUUGUCUCUUGUAGAUAUGCAAUGGUUUCCGUUGUCCCGUGGGGGCACUUAGAUCCAGCAAAGAAGUAAUAAAACCUAAGUAAAAUAAAUGAACAAGUAACAAAGAAGUGAAAAAGAAGUUUGUUGUAACUUUAGAGCCUCUGUGAUGUUUGAUUGCUGGGUGAUCUCUUGCCUCUACUCGAGGCCAUUGCAAUGAUGGUUUGAAGCGUGUUAUUAGGAGUAAAUAAAAAAUGAAUGGAUGGUGAAGAUUGUUUCUGCCUUCAAAAA